AUGGUUCACUUAGGUCCAAAAAAACCACCUGCAAGAAAGGGUUCUAUGAUCGAUGUCCCACAAGAAUUGAUCCAAGCCUCCGCUGCCAUCGAGGAGGCCUUCACUGUCAAGACUGAAAAAUUAAAUGCCAUUGUCAAGCAUUUCAUCUCUGAAUUGAACAAAGGUAACUCCAAAGAGGGUGGGAACAUUCCUAUGAUCCCAGGUUGGGUUGUCGAUUACCCAACCGGUAAAGAAAAGGGUGACUACCUUGCUAUUGACCUGGGUGGUACAAACUUAAGAGUCGUCUUGGUCAAGUUAGGUGGUGAUUGCACCUUCGACACCACUCAAUCCAAGUACAAAUUGCCAAGCCACAUCAGAACCACCAAGAACCGUGACGAAUUGUUUGAUUUUAUCGCUCAAUGUUUGAAGGACUUCGUCGAAGAAAUCUACCACGGUCAAAUCAAAAACAAGUUGCCAUUGGGUUUUACCUUCUCCUACCCUGCAUCUCAAGACAGAAUCAAUGUCGGUAUCUUGCAAAGAUGGACUAAAGGUUUCGACAUUCCAAACGUCGAAGGCCACGAUGUCGUUGCUUUAUUGAACGCAUCCAUGGCUAAAUUGGACGUCCCAGUUGAGGUUGUUGCUUUGAUUAACGAUACCACUGGUACUUUGGUCGCCUCCUUAUACAGUGAUCCAGAGACUAAGAUGGGUGUCAUCUUCGGUACCGGUGUCAAUGGUGCUUACUACGAUGUCGUCAAGGAUAUUCCAAAGUUAGAGGGUAAGUUGGCCGACGAUAUUCCACCAGAAUCCGCUAUGGCCAUUAACUGUGAAUACGGUUCCUUCGAUAACGAACAUGUCGCUUUGCCAAGAACCAAAUACGAUAUCCAGAUCGAUGAAGAAUCACCAAGACCAGGCCAACAAACCUUCGAAAAGAUGACCUCCGGUUACUACUUAGGUGAAUUGUUGAGAUUAGCCAUGCUAGAUUUGUAUGACCAAGGUCUUAUCUUAAAGAACCAAGACUUAACCAAAUUGAAGAGGCCAUACAUCAUGGAUACUUCUUACCCAGCUAGAAUCGAGGAAGAUCCAUUCGAAAACCUAGAAAACACCGAAGAAUUAUUACAAAAGGACUUAGGUCUUAAAACCACUGUUCAAGAGCGUAAGAUCAUAAGACGUAUCUGUGAAGCUAUCGGUACUAGAGCUGCUAGAUUAUCUGUCUGUGGUAUUGCUGCUAUCUGUCAAAAGAGAGGUUACGAAACUGGUCACAUUGCUGCUGAUGGUUCUGUUUGGCAAAGAUAUCCAAACUUCAAGGAAAAGGCUCACCAAGCUUUGAAGGAUAUCUACGGCUGGAAGGAAACUGAUCCAAAGAAAUACCCAAUCAUUAUUGUCGAUGCUGAAGAUGGUUCCGGUGCUGGUGCCGCUGUCAUUGCUGCUUUGACUGAACAAAGAUUAUCUGCUGGUCUUUCUGUAGGUAUGAAAUGA